AUGCUGGGAAAGAUUGCCCUUGAAGAAGCCUUUGCUCUUCCUCGCUUCCAAGAGCGCACUAGAUGGUGGGCUUCGUUGUUUGCGGUUGAUGCUGAAAAGCACGCCUUUGAAAUCGGCGACAUCACGGACCAGCGUAUCAAAUACAUGGACGAAUACGGUGUGGGAUAUACGAUUCUGUCAUACACAGCUCCCGGUGUGCAGGACAUCUGGGAUGCUAAGGAGGCUCAUGCCCUGGCUGUUGAGAUCAAUGACUAUAUUGGUCCACUUACCAAGCAACAUCCGGACCGGUUUGGAGGCGAAAAGCUGACUGAUGAUCUUUUGGGCUCUUCUUCGCAAAGAACGCUAUCAAUGCAUGACCCCCAACAAGCUGCCGAGGAGCUCCGCCGUACAGUGACUCAGUAUGGCUUCAAAGGGGCUCUGGUCAAUGAUACACAACGUUCAGGCCCCGAAGGAGACGACAUGGUAUUCUAUGACGGACCAGAAUGGGACGUAUUCUGGUCGACAGUGACCGAGCUUGAUGUGCCUUUCUACUUGCACCCUCGUAACCCGACAGGCACCAUUCACGAGAAGCUCUGGGCCAAAAGAAAAUGGCUCAUCGGACCCCCAUUGAGUUUUGCCCAGGGCGUAAGCCUCCAUCUUCUGGGCAUGGUCACCAAUGGAGUUUUUGACCGCCACCCGCGCCUGCAAGUUGUCAUCGGACAUCUCGGCGAACACCUCCCCUUUGACCUGUGGAGAAUCAACCAUUGGUUUGAAGAUGUGAAAAAGCCCCUGGGACUGAAGGAGACUUGCAAGAAGACUAUCAGAGAGUACUUUGCUCAGAAUAUAUGGAUUACCACAAGUGUGAGCAAUAUCCGAGGCCAUUUCUCAACCCCGACUUUGCAAUUCUGUAUCAAUGAGGUUGGCGCGGAUCGGAUUUUGUUCUCAAUCGACUACCCCUUUGAAAGUUUCAAGGACGGUUGCGUGUGGUUUGAUAGAGAUGUGGAAUUGAAUGAAACAGACUAUAGGAAGAUUGGGAAAACAAACGCCCAGAAACUGUUCAAGAUUGGUGACUACAAAGAUGCAGAUGUAUAG